CUGAGGCUUGGGGUGUUCAUUCUGGGACUGAGGAAUAGGUUGUCAUAGAAUUUUCUCUUCACCACUCAAUCCUAUCUCCUUACACAAGGAGUCAAGCAGUCAACAAAGAAGAAAUUUCUUUUUCCGGAGACAAAGAGAGAUUUCCCACAAUAUAGUUUUGCCGGCUGCCGUCUCUUCAGCUCACCCAGUCCCCGAGCACAUAAAGAAGCCAGACUAUGUGACGACAGGCAUUGUACCCGACUGGGGAGACAGCAUAGAAGUUAAGAAUGAAGAUCAGAUUCAAGGGCUUCGUCAGGCUUGUCAGCUGGCGCGACAUGUCCUCCUCUUGGCUGGGAAGAGUUUAAAGGUCGACAUGACAACUGAGGAGAUAGAUGCUCUUGUCCAUCAGGAAAUCAUCAGUCACGAUGCUUAUCCCUCACCUCUAGGCUAUGGAGGUUUUCCAAAAUCCGUUUGUACCUCUGUAAACAACGUGCUCUGUCAUGGUAUUCCUGACAGUCGACCUCUUCAGGAUGGAGAUAUUAUCAACAUUGAUGUCACGGUCUAUUACAAUGGCUACCACGGAGACACCUCUGAAACGUUUUUGGUGGGCAAUGUGGAUGAAUGUGGUAAAAAGUUAGUGGAGGUUGCCAGGAGGUGUAGAGAUGAAGCAAUUGCAGCUUGCAGAGUGGGGGCUCCCUUCUCUGUAGUUGGAAACACAAUCAGCCGCAUAACUCAUCAGAAUGGUUUCCAAGUCUGUCCACAUUUUGUGGGGCAUGGGAUAGGAUCUUACUUUCAUGGACAUCCAGAAAUUUGGCAUCAUGCAAAUGACAGCGAUCUACUCAUGGAGGAGGGAAUGGCGUUCACCAUAGAGCCAAUCAUAACCGAGGGAUCUCCUGAAUUUAAAGUCCUGGAAGACGCCUGGACUGUGGUCUCCCUGGACAAUCAAAGGUCCGCCCAGUUCGAGCACACAGUUCUGGUCACGUCGGGGGGCGUGCAGAUCCUGACCAAACUGCCCCACGAGGCCUGAGGAGCCGCCCGCAGGUCGCAGAGGCCGGGCGCUUUUUAUCCUAAAUUGCCGAAAUCCAGCUGGAGAACUUUUAGAAGACACGGGCAAAACGGGAGGUCACGCAGUAACCAACCUAGCUUCUCCUCUUGGAAAAACCCGGUGGGGAUCCGAUCUCAAGCCCGGCCUUGGCCUCGGGGCUUCGGAGAGAGGGCGGGCUCGCCUUCCCACCCCGGGAAAUGAUUCUGGGGGGGGGAUGGGGAGGCCCCGGUUUGGAAGGCGAAGGAUUUCUAGAGAUGCGUGGUUUUCUCUUCCCCUUGCCUUGAUGCCCAAGUAAAAGCUUUCCCCUCCUAA